AUGGCCUCCACAGACUCCCUCAUCCAGCUCGCCCAGGGCCGCCGCACCAUCUACAAGCUGGGCAAGAACAGCCCCGUCCCCGAUUCCAAGAUCGAGGAGCUCGUCAACGCCGCCAUCCUCAAUGUCCCCAGCUCCUUCAACACCCAGUCCACCCGUCUGGUCGUCCUCCUGCACCAGGAGCACGAGCGCCUCUGGGAUAUCACCAUCGAAGCCCUCGGGCAGCUCGUCAAGAAUGGCGCCGUCCCCGAGGAGGUCUUUAACAACCAGACUUUGCCCAAGUUGCAGGGCAUGAAGGCUGCUUACGGAACCGUCCUCUUCUUCGAAGACCCCGCUCACAUCCAGCCCUUCUCCGAGAAGUUCGCUAUUUACAAGGAUCACUUCCAGCCUUGGGCUGAGCACUCCAACGCCAUGCACCAGUACUUCCUCUGGACUGGUCUCGAGGCCCUCGGUUUCGGCGCCAACCUCCAACACUACAACCCCCUCAUCGACUCCUCCGUCGCUAAGCAGUGGAACGUCCCCAGCGAAUGGAGACUUAUCGCGCAAUUGGUCUUUGGUAGCCCCGAGGUUUCGGCCGGCGAGAAGGUGCAGAAGCCCAUUGAGGAGCGUGUUAAGAUUUACGGAAAGAUCUAA